GACACACUUCAGAAACUGGGUUGAACUUCAAAAUAUUUUUGUUUCAUUUGGAGAAGGGGAGGCGGGGGGGUGAAGUUACUGAAGAAGUUGGCUUGUCUCCAGUUAAGAGUCCCGAGCCUAACUCAUCUGGACAAUCAUGGCUUGUAAAGGAAUGAAUGCAUCUUUUAUAGACCUUAACACCCAAAAGAGAAAAAAAAAAAAAGUCCUCUACUUUGUGCAAGAGAAAGUCCAUGAGUACGGAGUGAAGGGAAAGAGCAGAUCCUUCCUCUAGAGGUAUCCACAGCAGAGGCUCAUCAUGGCAGUGGGCAUGGGGAACAUAGCAAGAAAUAACAGGCUGCUCCUGCUUCUACUUCUAUUUAUUACAGACCUGGGCUGCGCAAGUCCCUACCUAAAGAGGCACAAGAGGCAGAUAAGGAGACCACAGAGUGAGCUGACAGUUACCAGUCUCCACAUUAAGUCUACCAUAGUGUCCCGCUAUGCCUUAACAGUGGUUCAAAGCGUUAUGGUCAACACUCAUUCUGAAGCUAAGGAAGCCAUCUUUGACUUGGACCUACCCGACUCAGCGUUCAUAUCCAACUUCUCAAUGACAGUUAAUGGAAAGACAUAUGUGGCUGACGUGAAGGAGAAGCAUCAAGCCAAAAAGAUGUACGAUGAAGCCAGGAAGCAGGGCAAGACGGCAGCCCAUGUGGGCACCAGAGACAGAGAGACUGUGAAGUUCCGAGUUUCGGUGAAUGUGGAAGCCGGAGAGGAAAUUACCUUUGAGCUGACUUACGAAGAGCUGCUGCGUAGGCACCUGGGGAAGUAUGAGUAUGCUGUGAGUGUGCCCUCUUGGCAGGUUGUACAGAACCUUAGCGUGGAGAUUACCAUCUCUGAGCGAACGGGUAUUGAGUAUGUGAGAGUGCUGCCUCUGCGCACCAGCCGCCUGAUGACCAACAGUGUGCGAGGGGAGAGCAAGAUGCCUCCAUCUACUCAGGUAGAGAAGGGAACCUACUGCGCUCGGGUCACAUAUACGCCAACUCCCACAGAGCAGGCUGCUCACUCCCGCCCGGGAGUUACGGCAGAUUUUGUACUCCAGUAUGAUGUCUCACUGAAGGACCUUGCUGGGGAUGUCCAGAUUUACAAUGGAUAUUUUGUGCACUACUUUGCUCCGCGAGGCCUGCCGCCGAUCCAGAAAGAUGUCAUCUUUGUCAUCGACGUUAGUGGCUCAAUGUUUGGCACCAAAAUAAAACAGACUAAAAGUGCUAUGCACGUUAUCCUAAAUGAUCUGCACCGAGAUGACUCCUUCAAUAUCAUCACAUUUUCUGAUGUUGUGCAUGUGUGGAGGCCAGGCCAAUCUAUUCCGGCAACAGCUCAGAACAAAAAGAGCGCAAAGGACUAUGUGAAUAAGAUCGAAGCAGACGGAUGGACUGAUAUUAAUGCUGCACUUAUGGCUGCUGCUUCCAUUUUCAACCAAACAUCCCAUAAACCAGAGAAAGAAACAAGCACAAAGAAGAUCCCUCUUAUCAUCUUCCUUACAGAUGGAGAAGCUACGUCCGGUGUCUUGGCCACCAGCCGCAUCCUUAGCAAUGCCCAAAAGGCCAUGGGAGGCACAAUUUCUCUCUUUUGUCUGGCAUUUGGUGAAGAUGCAGACUAUAAUCUCAUGAGGAGGCUGUCUCUGGAAAACCGCGGCAUAGCAAGGCGCAUUUAUGAAUAUUCUGAUGCCACAUUGCAGCUAAAGGGCUUUUACGAUGAGAUUGCCAGCCCUCUUCUGUUUGAUAUUGAGCUGAACUACCUUGAAGAGAGUGCACAGAACGUGACACAGACACUCUUCCCUAACUACUUUGAGGGUUCAGAACUUGUAGUGACUGGGAAGCUGAAGCCUGGAACCAAAGACCUUAAAGUUCGAUUGACUGCUCAUAACCAGAAACAGAAGCUGAGCAUGGAAAAUGACAUCUCAAUGGAAAACAAUAGCACAGAGCCCAACUUUGGGUGCUCUACUAAUGUGGAACAGAUCCAGUGGUUUGUCCAACGACUUUGGGCCUAUUUCACUGUCAAGGACUUACUGGAGGCUAGGAUCAAAGCAAAUGAUACAGUAGCACGGCGGCUUCUCACUGAGAAAGCGACCAACCUCUCUCUUAAGUACAACUUUGUGACCCCUGUUACUUCCUUGAUUAUAGUCAAACCAGAAGAUGAAGAAAAUAAAAAGACUACCCAUUCCGCUACACCUUUACCGACAACCACUUCUGCCCCCCCUGUGUCUGCUUCCUUUUUCAGUAGUACCACCACAGCGACAAAAACAACUUUGAAGACCAAAAUGACUUCUGUCCCUUGGAUGUCAAAGACUACAUCCAGAGGUAUAAAAUCAACUUUAUCAACAAAGACAACCACAAUAGGAACAGUAGCAGCAACCAGCAUCUCUACACAGACUUCCCCCAGAGUAACCAGCACCACAAGCAACUCUACACAGACUUCCCCCAGAGUAACAACAGCUUUUCAAGUCAACAGAGCCAAAAGUCACCAAAGUGUAACUUCUAGUUUAGUAACAAAUAAUCCCACCCUUCAGAAACAGUCAACAGUGCCUAUGACUACAAAUGCAGUCCUCACUGCCUCCCCAGAUUCCCAACACGUGCCCUCGCACCCUGUUGCCACCCUGCAUUCACACACCGAAGUUCCUGUAGGAACAAUUAGACCUAUGACAGAGAAAGCUUCUCCUGUAUUAUCAGUAGGUACCCCUAUUUCCACUAGUGUGCCAACAACCGAAGCUCCAUCAGAGUUACUGUCAGCUGCAUUGACUGUUGGCACUAGCCUGUCUUCAACUGAGCAUGGCUGGGGGGCACAAGCAACCACAAUUCCACAAUUGCCGAAAAUGUUUCCUGUGGACCCCACCUUUCUGAGGUUCCUCGUCCUUCCUGACAGCACUGAACUGCAUCAAGAAACAUAUGCAAAUCAAAUGUAUGUGGAGUCGCUUAACCCACCUCCAAUUUACAGCUUUUUAAAAAAGGCAGACGUGACAGGAAUCCUUGAUUUUUCUGAAGAUUUCUAUUCUGAAGAUACUGAAUUUGUCUUUGGUGGUGCAAACUUAUUGGGUGCUCCUGGGCUUCAGACCUUCAUGUCCUCGGUGGACGGAGACCCCCACUUUGUAGUGAACUUUCCAGAAUCCCAAGAGAAGCUAUGCUUUACGUUAGAUGGACGACCAGGGGAUAUCUUGAGACUUCUCUCUGAUCCUAUUGCAGGUAUCACAGUGAAUGGACAUUUGAUGAAGGCUCCACUAAAAGUUGGCUUUGAGAGCAGGAUUCGUACCUACCUUGAUGUCAUCACUGUGGUUAUUGACCGGCCGCGUUCCAAAUAUGUCGUCAGCAUUUCACUUCAGAACUUGACCCUUACUGGAGAAAAACAGCAAACGUUUGCCAUCAGCCUUCCAGUAUUUCUCCAGAAGCCCAGCCUGGCUAUCAGAGUGGUACCAUCAACCAAUGUCACUAUAUGGAUUGGGCGUAAUGUGGAGCUACUGAUUAUUUUCCAUCAUUAUCAACACCCCUCAUACCUUCAGCUUGAUCAUCUGGGCUUCUACAUUGUGAAUGCAGAAGGUUUAUCCUCUAGCUCUGGUGGUCUUUUAGGACAGUUUCAGAAUUGCCACAUGGAAGUAACCAAUCAGAAGCUGAGCCAUGAUUUGACCCUAUCAGGAACUGUGAUUCGAAAUAAACAAACAGCACCAACUACAUUGGUUGAAAAAACUGUGAAGGAUUCUACUGCCCAAGUACACGUGGCCAAGUGCUGGCUGGUAAAACAUGGAGACAUUGAAGAGAUUCUGGAUGGAAAUUACCUCUCCUACCUAGUGUCAGAUCUUCGGGAGAUGUGACAUGACAUGCACAGGGAUUAAAAACUGCGGGUGGGAGCACAAGCUUUGGUGCCAUCUAUUGAGGAAAUGUAUAAGUGCAGAACUGCUGCUGUAUGUUUGUGGGGGGUGAAAUAUAAACUAAUCACAUUGUAACAGGGGAUCCAGAAGUUUAAAUUAAUGAAAGGGAAUUAUUGUGUUUAAAAUAAAAAAUAAUACUAUUUUCAUUUAAGCAUAGCCUUAAACAAUGUCAUUUUCUGUCUCAUGUCACUUUGUGUCAGUUCCCUUGUUCGGAGGCUGCUGUAGAGGAUCUUUCAUGUGAUUAUUUGAUGCAAGUAUUUCUUUACCACAUCAAAGUUUGUAGCCAAUAAAAUAUUUGGAUAACUUUACGGUU